CCUCUACUCAUUCCUUCUCUCGACUUCUCCUCGACUUCUCCUCCCAUCCGUCCAUACUUCCAACACAACCAUCCAAAGAAUAGCCCCGCCAUGAACGUCAGUGCAAGAGGGACCGACCUGCUCUUCAUCAACUUCAACCAGGACUUCAGCUGCAUUUCUGUCGGGACAAAGCAUGGAUUCAGAAUAUACAACUGUGAGCCUUUCGGAAAGUGCUACUCCAAGUCCGAUAGCUCUAUUGGAAUUGUUGAAAUGUUGUUCUGCACAUCCCUCGUGGCAAUCGUGGGCACAGGGGACCAGCCUCUGUCCUCACCCAGGAGACUUCAAAUCAUAAAUACCAAGCGUCAGUCCACUAUUUGCGAGCUGACUUUCCCCACCACCAUCCUCUCCGUCAAAUUGAACCGCAAGCGUCUCAUCGUGGUUCUGGAGGACCAGAUCUACGUCUACGAUAUCAGCAACAUGAAGCUCCUCCACACCAUCGAGACAAGUCCGAACCCUAAUGCUAUCUGUGCUCUCUCGCCAUCUGGUGAUAACUGCUUCCUCGCAUAUCCAUCUCCAACCCCAUCGCCUACCUCGCCCUUUUCCAGCAAUGGACGCGACGACCCUCACGGACCAUCUGGCGAUGUUCUGAUCUUCAAUGCUUUGACUCUGCAGGUCGUCAAUAUUGUCCAGGCGCACAAGACAUCGGUGUCCAAUAUCUCGAUUAACUCUGAGGGCACAAUGCUUGCAACAGCGAGUGACAAGGGAACUGUUAUUCGCAUUUGGUCCAUUCCUAAUGCUCAGCGACUCUAUCAAUUCAGGCGAGGAUCCCAAUCUGCACGGAUUUACUCUCUCUCGUUCAACAUGGCUAGCACCCUCCUUUGCGUCUCCAGUGACACGGAUACGGUGCACAUUUUCAAACUAGGGGGAUCAAGCCCCAGCAAUAGCCAGCGCAAUGGAGGUUUGAUUGACGGCUCGUUCGACAUUAGGAAAUCAGGAGUAGGCUCGGUACUCCGUCGCCAGUCAAUGCAUUUUGGAAGGAACAUCGCAGGAAGUGUUGGUUCGUAUCUCCCCGGAGCCAUCACGGAGAUUUUCGAGCCAUCGCGUGACUUCGCAUACCUGAAGCUGCCAAGUGCAGGUGUCCAGAGUGUCAUCGCUCUCAGCAACUCGACACCGCAGGUCAUGGUUGCCACAUCGGACGGAUAUCUGUAUCAGUACAAUAUCGAUCUUGAAAAUGGUGGGCCAUGCGUGCUGCUCAAGCAAUUUAGUUUGCUGGAGUCAUCGUCAGAGGAGUUCGGGACUCAAUGAGCACCAGGAUAAGUUGUCGGCUGUUUCGAGAAUGAUUCCUUUGCACAGCCGCUUCAAGUGUAGUAUAUCGCGAUUAGCGGUGCAUUGCUCGAGGCAUGCAACUUGCUGCGCGUAUCAAAUAAAACUAUGAGAAAGUCACUGCCCU